AUGUAAUUUAUUAUUGUAGCCCAUUUAUAAAUUACUGUCAAGUAGUACUGAUGGGAAAUUGAUAUUAAAAGCUUAUCAUGAUAAUGGAUAUUUAUCUAAAAGGACAUGAAACUUACUAAGUCGAUUAAUUAUCCAACAAGAAAAAGAUAAAGCUUUCCAAAAUGUGACUAUUGGCCAAAAUUCAGAUCAUCUUAAUAAUUUUGUAAUUAAACGUCAGCGAUUUGAGGAAUUAGCAGCUGUCAGGAAAUAGCAGAGUCAAUCACCGAAUUGUUUAAAGGAGAAACUCCUUAUACUUAUUAUUCACCUUAUACGUGUAUUAAUAAAAAAAGGAUUAAUCCCUCUGGAAAAUUAUUUGAACAUUUCCAUUACAUGAAGUCAAAAUUAAGACAAUCUGGUAUAUUAACACCCCUGAAUAAAAAAAUCAUUGAUCAACCUUAUGAAUCUUGUGAAUCUGUCGAUUUAAAAUUGGAUUGGUUGAAAAACUAUUUGGAUCCAGAAGAGACUAUUAUUGAUUACUGGAUAUUAACAUUUGAAGCACGUCAAGACUUAAUAAAAAAAAGAAUUGAAAUUUAUAACUAUUAUCAAUCUUUUCCAUGUUUGAAAAUUGGUCUAGGUGCGACAUUGUUAAAAAAAGAUUUUGAUCGAUUAUAUCCUAAUAAAAAUGAUCUAUUUUUCGAUCGUUGGGAUAUUAUUCGAACUCAUCUAAUUAAAAGAUUACAAGAGUGCAAUUCGAUUAAACACGUUUUUGAUAAAGCAUUUAUCCAUCUACUUCCAACUUUAUUACAACAUAGUAAAGAUACGUUAAUAUUUUAUCUUCUACCUUAUUUAAUUGAAGGAUCACUAAAAAGAAAAAGAAAUUCAAGAAACAGUCAAGUACAUUCGACUAAACUGUCUAUUCAAGAGCGACGAGAUUCUUUUUUGUUACAUGUCCAGGUAUUUAAAAUUUUUUAUUUGUUUCAUAAAUAUUAUAAAAUAUAUACAUUUCCUUUUUUGUGGAUUAAAAUUAAUAUAAUUGUUAAAAUAUAUUUUCAGACAGCAACAGAUAUAAUACCUACAAUAGAAAGAAGGAAAGAAGAAUUAAGGAUCGCAGGAUUAACUUUUCAACCAAUACCAGUAUUUGUUGGUCAAUUAAUAGCAUUAGACGCUACGUAUGUUGCUGUUAACAACGUAUUAUACAAAGUUGAUUCAGCGCUUAAAGCAAUAGACUUAUGCUUUCGUAUUUACAUGGCAUUAGAUUGUGCCUAUCCGGAACAAGCUUCAUCUUUGUGGGUUUUUAUACAAAAAUGUUGCUUUAAUAUUCACCUACAAAGUGAUGUUUGCAAUCAAUCUCUCAAUGGUCUAAUAGAAGAAGUAGAAGUAUUAUUUUCAAGUAACGAUUAAGAUUUUAUUAUUGUACUAAUUUUUUAAAUUAUAUAUAUUAAGUAUAUAU